GGGUGGGAGUUCCAUCGAUGCCUCUGCUAUCACAUCUUUCCGCAUAAUUCAGAAGCAAGCACAGUAUUUGCCUUCCGUUCUUGCUCGUCGUUGUUCUUUUAAUUUGCCUAACAAGAUGGCUAACGACCAAGAAGAAGAAUAUUAUGGUUAUUAUUACAAUGAGGAAGAGGAUAAAGGACUCCUAGAUCCGGCUUGGGAGCGUCAGCAAACUAAGACUUUCACAGCUUGGUGCAACUCACAUCUUCGUAAAGUCAACGUUCAGAUCGAAGCAAUUAACGAAGAUUUUCGUGAUGGGCUUAAACUUAUGCUUUUAUUGGAAGUCAUUUCAGGGGAGAAGUUCCCACAGCGCCCAGAAAGAGGGAAACUACGAUUUCAUCAAAUAUCCAACGUGAAUAAGGCGCUGGAUUUUAUCAGCAAGAAAGGUGUGAGGCUCGUUGGGGUGGGGGCUGAAGAAAUUGUAGAUGGAAAUUUGAAAAUGACUCUUGGUAUGAUCUGGACAAUUAUUCUGCGAUUUGCCAUCCAAGAUAUUUCUGUUGAGCAAUUUUCAUCUAAGGAAGGUCUUUUGUUGUGGUGUCAGAGGAAAACUGCUCCUUACAAGAAUGUCAAUGUACAAAACUUCCAUAUGAGUUUCAAAGAUGGUCUUGCGUUCUGUGCUUUGAUUCAUAGACACAGACCUGAUCUGAUUGAUUAUGACAGCUUGUCAAAGGACAACCCUGCUGGCAAUCUCAAUUAUGCAUUCGAAGUUGCGGAGCAGCACUUGGACAUCCCCAAAAUGUUGGAUGCAGAAGAUAUGGUUGCCAAUGUUAAGCCGGACGAGAGAGCUGUGAUGACAUAUGUUUCAUGUUACUAUCAUGCCUUUUCAAGUUCUCAAGCGGCUGAAACUGCAGCCAAACGUAUUGUGAAGGUGUUGAACGUAAACCAAGGCAAUGAACAGGCAAUGAACGAGUACGAAAAUUUGGCAUCUGAUCUCCUUGAUUGGAUUAACCAAGUGAUGCCUUGGUUGAACAACAGAAAUCUUGAUGACAACACACUUAAAGGUGCCCAGGACAAGCUUGAAGAGUUCCGGAACUACAACUGGAACGACAAACCACCGAAGGUCCUUGAAAAGGCCCAGCUAGAAACAAUAUUCAACACUCUGCAGACAAAACUGAGGCUAAGUAACCGACCAGCCUAUCUUCCAUCCGAGGGCAAAAUGAUAAAUGACAUCAAUGGUGCAUGGAAAGGCCUUGAAGAUGCAGAGAAGGCAUUCCAAGAGUGGAUUCUCACAGAAAUGAGACGUCUGGAAAGGCUGGAUCACCUUGCCUUGAAAUUCAAGCAUAAAUGUGACAUUCACGAGAACUGGACAUCCGGCAAAGAUGAGAUGCUGAUGAAAGAGGAUUAUGCUGAUCAAGGGCUUGCCUCUCUGCUCGCCAUGAGAAAGAAACAUGAAGCCUUUGAAAGUGAUCUUGCCGCUCAGCAGGACAGAGUGGAGCAGAUUGUUGCCAUUGCCCAGGAGCUCAAUUCCCUGGAGUAUAGCAAGGUGGAUGAAGUUAACGUUCGCUGUCAGAAAAUAUGCGACGACUGGGAUAACCUUGGCCAACUGACUGGAGGGAGACGACAAAAAAUUGAGGAAGCCAUCGUUGUUCAAGAGAGGCUAGAUAAUUUGUGGCUUGAAUUUGCAAAGAGAGCAGCGCCUUUCAACAACUGGAUGGCCGGCGCGAAGGAGGAUUUGAUGGACAUGUUUAGAGUGCACAAGCUUGAAGAAAUCCAGGACUUGAAAGAUGCCCAGGAGAAAUUCAAGGACAACAUGCCGGCCGCCCAGGAGGAAUUCAAUUCAAUUAUGGCUCUUGGGCAACAGGUUCAAGAUCUCGGAAAAGGAAUUGAAAACCCAUACACUAUCAUAACUCUCGAGGACCUGAGCACAAGAUGGGCAGAAGUUGUCGAAUUGGUACCAAAGAGGGACCAAAUGUUAAAUGAUGAAAUCAGUAGACAACAGAAUAAUGAAAAAAUUCGCUUGCAGUUCGCAGACCAAGCUAAUAAGGUUGGAGCCUGGAUAGAACAGAAAUCCAGUAACCUUAUUGAAAUCAGUCUUGCGGCCCAAGGAACACUAGAGACUCAACGUAAUAUGAUGAAGGAUGUGGAAACUGAUAUUGCCAACUAUAAGCCAAAUAUGGAUGGCCUAGAGCAUACUAACCAGCUUGCACAAGAGGCCAUGAUCUUUGAGAACCCACAUACACCCUAUUCAAUGGAGGCUUUGAGAAUUAGAUGGGAACAGCUCAUCACCUCCAUCGCAAGAAACAUAAAUGAAAUCGAGAACCAGAUCCUAAUGCGUGAUUCCAAAGGUAUCACUGAAGAGCAACUUAAAGAAUACAAGCAAUCUUUCAACCAUUUCGACAAGGAUAAAAGUGGCUUGCUUGAACCGAAUGAGUUUAGACAAUGUCUUGUCAGUUUGGGAUAUAAUGUUGGCAUCGAUGAAUCGGACGAUGCCGAUUUCCAACGCAUCAUGAUGCUUGUCGAUCCAAACGACACGAAAAGGGUGACAUUCCAAGCAUUCUUGGACUUCAUGACCAGAGAACAAGCAGAUUCGGACACAGCUGAGCAAGUUAUGGAAUCUUUCAGAAUUUUAGCUGGAGAUAAGGCAUUCAUAACAGCUGAUGAACUUCGCCGUGAGCUGCCACCCGACCAGGCAGAGUAUUGCAUCUCCAAAAUGACGCCAUAUGCAGGUCCCGACGCUGCUCCUGGCGCUUUGGAUUACCGCUCCUUCUCAAGCGCGUUAUAUGGAGAAAGCGACUUGUAACCAACCAAAGAACUACGCAUUGAAAAUUGAAAUGACAUGCUUCCAGUAUUUUUGUAACAAGAGAAGGAAUCUAGAGACUCGCUUUGGUGUAGUUCUGAGCUGAAGAUCUCUCGUUACUAUUUGUCUAGGACUAACAGCUUGUCUUCAGAAAAUAUGGGAAAUUUAUUCUAAUCAUGAAUUGUCAAAUCAGCUGAUUUUUGGGUUUUUUCAAUUAGGAUUAAUGGAAUCUUGUGAUUUUGGAGAACGAAAA